CUAUCCAGCUCUCUAACAGAACGACUCGAACGGGCAUCAAGUUAAGAACACGAAAGUCGAGAUACCUGAAUCGAUAAUAACGAAUAAGUGAUUCUUACUGAUACAUUUUAAUCAUAUUUGAAAAUUAAAUAUUUAAAAUGGUUUACGAAAGUGGAUUUACAACCCGCAGAACUUACAGCUCCAGACCGGUGACUACGUCGUAUGCCGUAACGUAUCCAUCUGCUCAUAGAGUUACUCGAGUAUACAAAACAAGCUAUCCAAUCUACUCGAGCUAUUCAAUCCCAAGACGUAUCGUUAGUGGAACACGUGUUAUUACUUCGCCUGUUCGGGUUGUUACCUCUCCCACCCGAGUUUAUUCGCGCAUUUUACACUCUCCAUCACCUGUGCGUGUUGUGCGUACUACAACGCGUGUUAUAUCAUCGCCGGAGAGAACGACUUCUUACACCUAUACUACGCCAACUACAUACUAUAGUCCAACAUACUUGCCAUCGACAUACUACUCCUCCACCUAUAUCCCAACUUCGUAUACAACGUACACACCAUCGUAUACAACGUACACGCCAUCGUAUUACUACAACCCUACAACUGUAACUCGUACGUAUACUCGCUCGGUAUCACCGGUAAGGAUCACAACAUCUCCGCUUCGUGUGACACCUUCAUACCUGAAGAGACUACCACCUGGAUAUGGCGCACGGGCUUUAACUAAUUACCUCAAUACCGAACCCUUUACCACGUUCUCUGAGGAAACGAGUAGAAUACGCCAUCGGGCCCAAUCAUUAAUUCGAGAUUUGCAUACUCCUGUUGUGCGUCGUGCACGAAGCUGUACACCGUUUCCAGUGACUGGGUAUUCAUAUGGCCCGACAUCUCAAUUGGCUUUAGAUGCCUAUGUAGCACGAGUAACAAAUCCCGUACGUCAUAUUGCCAAGGAAGUUCACAACAUAUCCCAUUAUCCAAGGCCAGCUGUAAAGUAUGUUGAUGCCGAAUUGGAUCCAAAUCGCCCCACAAGAAAAUUUUCUGCUCCCCGACCCCUCGAAGAUGCUAUCGAUCUCGAAUCUAAGGAAAAGCAACGUCUUCGUCAGGAGCGUCUAUUGACUGUAAACGAAGAGGCUUUAGAUGAAGUAGAUAAGAAGCAAGUAGGAUAUCAGAGUGCUGAUGAAGCAAAACAUCGUGAAGAUAACGCCGCUAAAGCAAGAAAGGAACGUGAAGCAGCGGAUAAAAAGGCCUUUGCUGAGGAACAGCUCCGGUUGGCGGAAGAAGCCCGUGCUGCGGAAGAAGCUGCUAAAGCAGAACGAUUAAUCAAAGAAGCCCGGCUUGCUGAGGAGGCUCGUUUAGCUGAAGAAUCAGCCCAGAAAGCAUUAGAAGAAGCCAGAGCCGCUGAGGAAGCUGAGGCCCGUAAAGCUGAAGAAGAACGUUUGGCUCAAGAAGCCCGCAAUGCCGAAGAAGCUCGUUUGGCUGAAGAAGCGGCUCAAAGAGCAGCAGAAAAAGUCAAAGCUGCAGAAGAAGCCGCAGCGCGUCAGGCUGAAGAGGAAGCCCGUAUGGCCGAAGAAGCUGCGCAAAGAGCAGAAGAGGAAAAAAGAGCAGCAGAAGAGGCUGCUCGUAAAGCUGAGGAAGAUCGCUUGGCUGAGGAGAUUCGUUUAGAGGAAGAAAAGCGUUUGCGGGAGCAGGAGUUGAAUCGCCUGGCCGAAAUCGAAAAACAAGCUGAGGAAGAGCGUGAAAGCGAACUUGCACGCCAAGCUGCUGAAUUGGCCGAAAUUGCCCGUCAAGAAGCUGAAAUUGUGGCUCAAGAGCUGCAAUACAUUCAAAAAGAUGGUGGAGAUGUUGUAGAGCCUUUAAUUGAUGAGCCAACCACACCUGUAGAACCCAUUGAACAGGAAACAAUCAUAGAUUUGAAUUCAAAGAUGAGAGAUAUUUCUAUUGAACUGGAGAAUUCUGGUGAAAGUUAUAUAGAAGUUGCCGACACCGAAGAAGAAGAAUAAUCUGUUUAAUCAGUUAUCGAUCAUUGCCGACGUACAUUUAAUUAAAUCUUUACAUUAAUAUCUAUCGAAAUUAAUUAACUUUUUUAUGAGAAUUGGACAAUAUAAUGGUUAAAAAUAA